AACGCUUUCUUCUCGUGUACCACAUGUCCCCUCCGACUUCCCGUUCCCCAUGUGUGUCGUGUUGUUAUGUUGGGGCUGUUGUAAACACUGUCGGAGUACAAUAUAUUUCGCUUAGCGAGGUAAACAGCACUGUUUUAUAAGACCAAGAGCACGAAUAACGCUCACAAUACCGCGACGUCGUCACACUGCCAGCACUAGUUACUAGUGUUUGGGCUGGAGAUGAUCAGUCGCCAUUUUUUGCGCGCUCAACCGCUAGUGCGCCUGUGGAGGGUGUUUAAUACUGACGUGCCCUCAGUAGUGACUGAGUGCAGGAAGGUGAAUGCACGUGUGUUCUGCCAGUCAAAUCAGAGCAAGUGCUUACUGAGUGUGCCGUUUAACAUGGAGGACAACAACAACAAUACUACUGUCUGCACUACAGCAGAUAAGUGCACUAAACAACAGAAGAGCAAGACGCUCAAGAAGGAGAAGAAAGCAAAGAAAGGGCCCAAGAAAGCGUCCGAGAGCAAGCAGAAGGGUCAGGAGUCUGAAAAUCUGCUGUCAGAGCUUCCCUUUGCAGACGCAGAGCUGGGAGGCACAGAAAGCAGCGUGAAGAAGAAGAAGCGUAAGAGAGGGGUGAAGGCUGAGGAAGAGGACGCUGAGAGGAAGAAGAAAGAGACGACUCGGCCAAACUACUUUGUGUCUGUGCCGAUCACAAACCCACAGAUCAAGCAGGCAGUGGAGGACGUGCAGAAGCAGGUUUUGAUGAAGGACAGUCGUCUGUCGCGGGCGCUCAUACCUGUGGACACACUACACAUCACGCUACUGGUGACUCACCUGAGCACACAGGACCAGGUGGACCUGUAAGACACACACACACACACACUA